UUUUUCUAUGUAAAUUGAAUACGCCUUUUACCUUCGAAGUUAAGCAGUUAAGGUAUGAUCAUGACAUCUUUCACUUUGGAAAUUGGAGUGUUUCUUGGAAUCCUAGUGGUGUUGGUGAAUUCAACAAGUAUUCAAAGUAAUAGCGGAUCUUACACCCGAAUUCCCAUAGACUGUGGGGAUAUUGAUAUUAAAAGAGGCAGUGGUGUGUACAUGAUUUACCCGACAGGCUCUUUAGAUGGCUUCAAUGUAUAUUGCAAUAUGAAAGAAGACAAUGUAGGUGGGGGAUGGACGGUAUUCCAAAGACGAUUGAAUGGCGCAGUAGAUUUUUACAGAGGAUGGGAUGAUUAUAAAGCUGGAUUUGGAACUCUGGAGGAAGAACAUUGGCUUGGCAACGAAAAUCUUCAUAUUCUGACCUCCCAAGCCGAAUAUCAGCUAUUAAUUACAUUGCAAGAUUUUGCAAAUCACACUGGAUACGCUAAAUAUGCAAACUUUAACAUUGCUAAUGAAGCUGCGAAAUACAAGAUGACAUGCUCAUCCUAUAAAGGCAACGUUGGUGACUCAUUGGCACACUCGAUUGGGCAGAAUUUUACUACUAAGGAUCAAGAUAAUGACAAGUCUGGAAACAACUGUGCUACUUCUUAUAAAGGGGCCUGGUGGUACAAAGACUGCCAUGCUUCAAACCUUAAUGGACAGUAUCUUGGCGGAACACACACUUCCUUUGCUGAUGGUGUCAACUGGAAAACUUGGAAAGGCUAUCAUUACUCUCUUAAAGCGACAAUGAUGAUGAUACGUAGAAAGAUAUAAAUGUUUUUCUCUCAACAUCCUCUGUACCUGAUUGUAACACCUUUUGUUAAUUUGAUCGCAGAUAUUAUUGAAAAUAAAAUUGACUAAAAUUAU